GCGGUAGCGUCCGAGCAAGAUGGCGGCCUCGGUGGCGGCGGUGGCGCUGCCCUCACGCCUGCUGAGCGGGCACUGGCUGCGGCUGCGGUUGCGGCUGCGGCCCCAGCUCGGUCUCGUGCCCUUGCCCCGGUCCUUGUGCGCGCGGAUGGUGACCGCGCCGCGCGGCCCAGGACAGAGCCAUAUCCAAGACUUACCGUUGCCCACCCACCGGAAGCAGCAGCAGCAGAAGCAGGGCCCCAGCUACGCCAAGAGGCUGGCCAUCUGGGUGGCCGGGCUCCUUGGGGCCGGGGGCACCGUCAGCAUCAUUUAUGUCUUCGGAAACAACUCGGUGGAUGAGAACGGCAAAAAGAUUCCGGAUGAGUUUGACAAUGAUCCCGUGCUGGUUCAGCAGCUCCGAAGGACGUACAAGUAUUUUAAGGAUUAUCGACAGAUGAUCAUUGAGCCUACUAGCCCCUGCCUCCUGCCGGACCCUCUUCGAGAGCCAUAUUACCAGCCUCCAUACACGCUUGUUCUGGAGCUGACGGGGGUCCUGCUGCACCCCGAGUGGUCGUUGGCCACUGGUUGGCGGUUCAAGAAGCGUCCGGGCAUCGAGACCCUGUUUCAGCAGCUGGCUCCACUCUACGAGAUUGUGAUCUUCACCUCCGAGACUGGCAUGACAGCAUUUCCCCUCAUUGACAGUGUGGACCCCCACGGCUUUAUCUCGUACCGCCUCUUCCGGGACGCCACUCGCUACAUGGAUGGGCACCAUAUCAAGGACAUCUCCUGCCUAAACAGAGACCCAGCCCGAGUGGUUGUGGUCGACUGUAAGAAGGAGGCUUUCCGGCUUCAGCCCAACAACGGCGUGGCCCUGCGGCCCUGGGACGGGAACUCUGACGACCGGACCCUGCUCGACCUCUCUGCCUUCCUCAAGACCAUCGCCCUGAAUGGGGUGGAGGACGUCCGGACGGUCCUAGAAAACUAUGCCCUGGAGGACGACCCGCUGGAGGCCUUCAAGCAGCGGCAGUCUCGGUUGGAGCAGGAGGAGCAGCAGCGCAUGGCUGACCUGGCCAAGAGCACCAAACAGAGCCUUUUCUUUAGUUCUCUCACCAGCCGCCUCUGGCCCCGAUCCAAGCAGCCCUGACCACCUGUCCUUGCCUCCCUGGCCUGGGGGCCCCCUGCCCCUCCCCUGGGCCACGCUCAGCCUGACAAUAAAGUCCGUCCUGGA